AGUAACUGUGUGGCAGCACCGCACCGUGGCAAGUCGAUAGUUUUUUGUAUAUUGUUGGUCUGUAUAAACAAAUAAUAUUAAAGUCAUAAUAAAAGAAGUGCUGGUAAAGACUUAAUAACUCUAUGUUCCUUAAAAAUUUUUAAAUAUAUCUCACAAUGAGCAUUAACUGGAUAAAGAUCACGGAAAGGUAUGUAAUAUCAAUGUUCUUAUAGAGAUUAAUUUCUUGCAUUUAUAUCUUAGAGCCCGUGAGGGCAUCAAAAUCAUCAAUGCCUUGCCCUACGAGACCUUUACGACGGUUCUGUUCUACACCCACCGGCAGAUGAGUCCCAGCGUAGCAUCGGCGAGUGCCACCAGUAGUACAGUGGGCACCAGUGUGACGACCACCGGCCGGGUGGACAGCAGCACCGAGGAGAACCCCACAAGUAACACCGAACCGGAGUACACACUCGAGGAACUGGAGCGAUUGGUGGGCGUACCGCGUCAGGACUUCCUGCUGCUGAUCAAGACCUUCUCCUACAUCCUGCGUCGCAUCUCCACGUUUAUCAUCAAGCCAAGUUUGCUGCAGCGUGAGCUGCGCGAGAAACUCCAGCUGGAGGAUGAGGCCAAGAUCGAUGCCAUAUUGCGUUUGUGGGUGCGCGAAACGACGCCCAUUAUGAACAAUUUGGCCAGCAAGCGGUACGAAUCAAAUGUCAUCGAAGAUGUGGCCUGGAAGCUCAACAUGGAGAUCUCCUCGCAUUGCCAGCAGCGGGAGAAGACCCCGCUGGCCGUGCUCCAAAUGAAAACGGCCGUCGGCGAGGAUAUCAACAUCGAAAUGACACAACCGGAACUAAUGGAACUGUACAAUCAGUUCGAGAGCAUCCAGGGCGAACUGGACGCCAUGCUGGCCAUGAAGACUACAGGAGCAACGGCGCCUGGCAAUCAGUAGUGGGACGCCAUCGACCAAUUCCAGUGCCAAUUUUAUUGUUGAUUCACACAAAACUCUGUGCAAAAAGAUGGACCUAAAAGUAUGCAAUACUAACACGAUCGUAGCCAAAUGUUAAACACGUUUUUUUUUGUUUAAUUCAGUAGGGUUUUUCCUAUGUUCUGGCUAAUUUUCCGAACGUAGCCAAAUUUUUACUAGAGUAAGAGUUCGGCUUUGAUUUAUAAAACGUUGCAAUGAUUAGGAUCUUCCAAACAGGACUAGUUUUUAAGUUUUAGAACUUACCCUCUGCAAAAUAAUAAAUCCUUUAAUAAAUUUAGAUAAAAC